AAGACUGGACUGAUCUAGUAGUUUGAUACAAACCAUCGCCCGAGCAUUUUCUACAGCUUUAGAAAUAGAAUGAUCCUUAAGAAAAUUACUUGUGAAAAAAUGUUGUUCAGUAUUCUGAUGCUAUAUUCCAUGAUUUUUAAUUCAGUAAAUGGCGAUGAAGAAUCACCGAGUGUGUUAAUUGUUGGGGCUGGGGCUGCUGGUAUUGCGGCAGCAUCAAAACUUUUUGAAAAUGGUUUUAAGAAUAUCACUAUUCUUGAAGCGGAAGAUAGAAUUGGAGGACGUGUUUACACAACUCAUUUCGGUGGUUACUUGGUGGAUUUGGGUGGUCAAUGGGUUCACGGAGAGGUUGGAAACGUUGUAUUCGAACUAGCUUGGCCACUUGGAUUAUUAGAAAGAGGAGAUAUCAAACUUCGAAAUUUGGAAUUGUACGAUUUCUCAGGGAAUAUUGUAGACCAGACGGUAGCCAAUGAUGUAAACAAAUUUUUCUUAAGAACUGAAAAAAGUGUGUUGGAUUAUUCUGAAAAGGCAAAUGGAUCCACUGGCGAAUAUUUUUACAAUGAAUACAAAAAGUUCUUGGAAGCACACCCAAGCUGGAAUAAAUCCUCGAAGGGAUUUUUACUUCUGUUUGAUAUGAUUGAAAUGGCAAAUGAAGGUGCUGACACAUGGUGGGAUGUCUCGACAAAAAGUGAAUUUCGUGAUAGCCCAGGAGAUUAUUUAAUCAAUUGGAAGGAACGUGGAUAUGGUACUAUUCUUGAAAUACUGAUGAAACGCUAUCCAAACCCUGAAGAAGAGCUACCGGUUAUUGAAAACACUGUAUUGAAUGCAGAAGUGUCCCUGAUUAAUAAUAAGGAAACGAAUGGAAAGAAGGUAUCAGUAAAAACUACUAAGGGAGACACUUAUUUCGCUGAUCAUGUCAUAGUAACUUGUUCAUUAGGUGUGUUAAAGGAACAAUACAGUACCCUUUUUCAACCUCCUUUGUCAGAAAAUAAAGUCAAAACUAUAAAGAGUCUUGGUAUUGGCAGCGUUGCCAAGAUUUAUCUCUCUUUUGAAGAACCAUGGUGGCCAAGUGACACAAAAAGCAAUGGGUUUACAUUCCUUUGGAAUGACGAAAAAAUAGCACAACUGGAAAAUGAUUCUGAGAAGAGAUGGCUUCUUGGACUAGUUGGAUUUUAUUUUGUCGAACACAAGCCGCGACUAUUGUCAGGAUGGAUAUCUGGGAAAUAUUCACGGGAAAUGGAAAAACUUUCAGAACAGCAAGUAUUCAAUCAUUCAGUCGAAGUCCUUCAAAGAUUCAUUGGCAAAUCAUACAACCUGACAAUGCCAACUGGAAUGCUUCGAACUGCGUGGAAUAGCAAUAAACACUUUAGAGGAACCUAUAGUUUUCGAAGCUCAAAAUCAGAUGCUGAGAAUGUUUGGCAUUCAAACCUAACAGAACCGAUAGGUGGGGAAAACCCCAGUUUGAAGAAUACUCUUUUACAAAAUGUUGCCAAAGGUUGGCUUUUCGUCGUCACAAAAACCACGCACAUGGAGAAGUAG